CUCAGCAUUGUAGGUUCCAGCUCGAUCAUUGCUUAUGCUGUCUUCCAAAACACUGUGCGGUCCCCCGAGUCAGGUGUGCUACUCAAAGUGCUACAACUCAGCAGUGCUGCAAGGCUCAGCGAAAAGGAGACCAGGCUGGCAAGCAGGUGGCUGUGCUGGACUCCACAGUGGGAAUUUGGAAUGUUCAUCCUGACCAUGCACAGGACACACAGCCCUUUCUGGUGCUGAAGCGGUGGGACUCAGGCACAAGCGUCCCUUGGAGUGGCACUGUCCACACAUGCGCAUAGGAUCUGACGUGCAUGUGGUGCCUGGCAUAUCCCAAUGGCAUUGCACUUGCAGAUUGUGUCCAUAUCUGGAUUUGGUUGGAUGUGCUGAGCUGGUGGCUGCCAUGUGCACAGUAACCAUAGACCUCCGUCCUAAGCCUGCCAAGCUUUUGCUGUCCAUCUGUCUGUCCAGGAUUUAGUGGUGGCAAUGCAUAGAGCUGGUCUGUGUGGGGCUGGAGUUGGUUCACCAAGAUUUGAAGACAUCUGGCAGCUCAGUCUGUGGACCAUACAGAGAACAGGUUACUGCUUAAGAGCAGGACAGCAGACAUGGCAACUUGGUAACCAAGGUGUGUUUGUACUUCUCUCAUCUUCAAUGGUCUUUGUACACCAUGGGGUUGAGCCGCAGCCCAGGACUGCCAGAGAAUGCAGUGUGCUAUGCCAGAGAAGGAAGAUGUGCAGUCAAGCUAAAGGCUGGCACACUGCUGGAUGGAGCAGAGUGGGUGGGGAACGUGUCCAGUUCUGCACAGUAAGCAUGCAGGGCAGUCCUGCUCCCAGACAGCCCCUCCUGGACACCCUCUUUCAAGCACACCAAGGAUCAUCUGCCAAGACCUUUGUGUGUACCCAGGGAGGAAUGAAGGUUGAGACUUCACCUUAGCGCUGGGAUGCAAAACCUAGCUUGAGCCUGUGCUGUGCAAAGUGAACAUCAAGGGCUCCUACUGGCACAUUGGCACCAGGUUUGCUCCUUGGUCCUUUGCUGGGGUCCCCCUGGGUUUGGCAGGUGUCCCAGUGUGAGUCAGCAGCCUUCCACGGCUAGAAGCCUGCCUCGCUCAGGAGCCCUCGCGCUAUUAGUCAUAUGAUGUGGCUGUGGCAUGGGAGCUGCACUCUAGCUGCUUGAGAGCCACUCAUGGCUCCAGGUCACAGAUGGACCCUUCCUGCUCGAAGGAGUCCAGAUGUCUCUGCUCAGAUUAUUUCUGCAAAUCCGGAUAGGAGAGACAGAUACCAGCUGGAGGGACUGGUCUGCAUCAGGCUUUCAGGCUCUCAUCCUGCUGCCAGGGCAGAUCUGUUGCUGGUAUUUCAAAAGUGGCAAAAGCUUCAGUAACUUCCCCAUCGCUGUUGUCUCCAUGGUCCUGGUCUUAAGUGGAAAUCUGUAAACAAAGGGGCUGGAAGAGAUCCAUAUCAAAGCUGACCACAAACAACUUAUUCCCCAAGUCAUGAGGCUCCAGAGCAAAAUGUUUAAAAAUAAACAGCUCUGGAGGCUGGGAGGAGAACAGUCUUAUUAAACACUUCCCCUCCUGCCCCCAGCCUAGAAAAUCAAAUUUUGCAUUCUUGAAGCUCGUUUUCUAUCUCCACGGGGUCAGUAAAACUCUUCAGGCUGAGUUAAAUCGCUCCGAAGAGACAACAGCAAGCAGUGCACAAAGGAUUUCCUCUGGCAUGUCAACACGCUGAGGGCAGGCAGAUGUCCCUGGGCAGUGGCCAGACAGAGCCACACCAACAUGUAUGCUCCAGCUUGGCAGCUCCCCUGAAUCCUUAUGGCUUCACAUCCCCUUCCUCUAUGUUAUAAAUACCAUAUGUUGGUUUUCUUUUCCCUUUUGCAAGCAAGGGCCGUGCUGCCUCUCACUUAGCACUCUGUCACCUCUUCCUUUAUUUAGGCUUGUGCCAAAAUAGCUCCUCAACCAGACAGCAGUGCCUGGCCCCAAGGACACCUGCUGCCAGAGAAAGGGGUCACCUGUUUGAUUGCUAAAGUUGCUGCUUUGCUUAUUUUGGAGCUGUUUGGUUUUAACCUGCCAGGCUUACAAGCUGGGCAGUGUCCUCAGCCUGCCGUGCCAGGGCUUCAGUUCUGCAUUGGCAAGGAAAAGCUGGGUUAGGAAACAUGUUUGUAAAGACAAAAAAAGUGCAAACCAGCUGCAGAUAUUUAGCUGGCAAGAGCAGUCUGGUUUACCAUGUUGCUGGUUUGGGUGGUCCACAUACAGAACUGGAAGGAUAAGAAGGUUUGAGGAGAGAAAUCCUGCUGAAAGCAGAGGACCUGCUGCCCCUUCCAGCAAGGGGCCAGCAAGACCAAACAAGUGUCCAUCAGACUGUCCCAUAAGGACAGGUCUGGUUCCAUCAGAUCUACCUUACCAAGCUCAUUCUCAUUGCUCACAUCAACAAGGCAAGUAUCACACAACACAAUGAGUGGCAAAUCCUUACUUAAAAGCCAGUACUGGGGCAAAAAAAGCUCAGUUCUAUGAGGAAAGAAACAUGAAAAUCAAGACCUCCUGAAAGGUUUCAGUGCUGUGUGUAACAUUAUAAUUUCCUGUAGGGAAUGAAAAAUGACAACAACAAAAACCAAAAAAAGCCAUAAUUUUCUCUCCAGGAUGCUGAAAAUGAGGUACCAAAGACUCCAAUUAAGAAUGCAGAUAAUUAGGCUGCUUUUCCAGAGCGUCUGUUCCCCUACUGACAACAAAAACGUUGGCUGGAAUUUCGCACAAAUGUUUUCCUACAGGGUUUACAGUCCUUUUGGCCAGUGCCUGCAGGCUGGAAACGGGCUGGAAACUGCCAUUAGAGGAGAUGGGACUCUCUUCCAGCAAGACACAGCGUGCAGCGGGGGGACUCCUAGCGCCGGUGGUGGAAACCAAUCUGGCGUGCAAAAUAGAUUCAGCCUGAGUCACCAACUGAAAUCUCAUGGAACGUGGGGGGGAAAUGUCUGUCUGCAGUUACUGCAGAGCUGGGGAAGGGCUGCUGCUUACCAAGAGCUGCAUUUCUCUGUCAGUUUGUUUAAUCAAUAACAUUGCUUCUCCCUCCCCCUCUGCCAAGUGGUAACGUUCUGGUCCUUCUAGAUUCCCUUCUGGGAACAAGUUCUUCAGCGUGAAGGUGGUGAGACCUUGGAAUGGGUUGCUCAGGGAGGUGGUGGAGACCUCAUCCCUGGAGGUGUUUAUGGCCAGGCUGGAUGAGGCUCUAGACAGCCUGAUCUAGUGUGAGGCGUCCCUGCCCAUGGCAGGGGGGUUGGAACUGGCUGAUCCUUGUGGUGCCUUCCAACCCUGACUGAUUCUAUGAUUUUUCCUGAAAUCUGAUGCUGCUUUUAGAUCCUGGGGUGUUGCUAGUAGCAGAAAGGGGGAGCAGAGCAAGCUUCCUGCAUCAAAACAUCUCCUGAGAGCAAGAAUCAGCAUGGGCUUUGUUCCCAAGUAGAGCUGCUCUAGCAGAAGAGCUAGGAGGAUGGAAACCUAUUAGAUGGCAAGGUGAAAGGGCUGCUGUAGGUGGUUGCAGAAGUGUUGUGACCACCAUCCAGACCUACUAACCAAGUGCCCUUCUUCCCAGGUUCGUCCACUUUUCUACCUGAGUCUCUCUGACCUAUUUGUGGGCAUGUGCUGGCUUGCUGGGGCUCUUCUUUAUAGCACACCAACCUCCAAGCAGGACCUUAUCUGCUACAACCUGCAGGCAACAGGACAAAUAUUCUACAUGGCCUCUUUCCUGUACACUGUCAACUACACCUGGCACCUCUACAUGGACCUAAAGGUGAAAUACAACCAGAACCUUUUCAGGAUGCCCUCCCAGGUUGUGGACUAUGCGAGCUGCGUUGGCCGAAUUGCCACCAUCUCAGCCAGCCUGAUCCCUUUCCUCCUUACGGUGCCUGUGUUCUGCCUGGGCAACAUCAGUAAUUGCUACCAGAACUUCAGCCAGAAGCAUGGCUGUCUCCUGAUGCACAUGGAAAUAGCUGAGGCCACCAACGAGCCCCAGAGCCUGAGUGGCUCCAUUUGCCACGCGAUGCAUUUCUAUGGCAUUGGAGUCUUCCUCAUUUCCUUCCUGAUCAGCUUCAUAGCCAUUCUGGUCAUACUCAGUCAAGCCCGAGGUUUAUACAAGAGGUUUGUGACCUCCACGGGGUUCCUGGGGGACCAGCAGUGGGCUGUGAUUAAGAUGGUAGAACAACGAGUGGUUUUUUACCCCGUCGCUGCCUUCUGCUGCUGGGCCCCAGCUGUCCUCCUGGGAAUGCUGAAGCUGACUGGUUCAACAAACAGCAAAAUCUACAUGGCUCUACUGAUUCUGCAGGCCCUCACAGCAGCUUCCCAGGGGCUUCUGAACUGCAUGGUGUACGGCUGGACGCAGCAGCUGUUCCUCUCCCUGAAGCGCCAGGCGUGCCGGGACGUGGACACGCAGACUCCUCUGCUGCGCUCCCAGAAGAAGUUCUACGCCAGCACACUGCCUGCCAGCCCCCCCGGUGCCGAGGCCUCCACGUCCACCUUGCUCUGAUGGCUCUCUCCCUCCAUGGAGAGCAGGCAGAGUCCUAACAAGGGCUUACCGUCUUGUAGCCAGCGUGGGACUGUCUUCUACAGCCUGUCCUGCCAGCGUCAGUGCUGGAGGAGCCUGAGCAGGUCUGUGGGAGAGAGACACUUCAGUGAGGAGAGUUAUUUAUUUGCCAGGUGGGGAUGGACUGUAACUGGAGCCUUUAACCGUGGUAAACCUUUAGCACAGAACUUUCUCCUCGAGGAAAUCUCUCUAGACCUCUGUGUAACAGCUCGGAGAUGUGGCACAGCUCCUCUGAGGAGCAUGUGGGCAAAGGCUGUUCUACUUCUGGAAGCCUUUGCUGUUACAGAUUAGCAGUAAAGCAAAGGUGAUUGUUUUCCAA